UCCCGCGUGACGGCGCUCGGCCGCUGCAAGCGUGUGCAUAGCUGCGUGUUUGUAUGUGUACGACGGAUCAGCUGAGUGCCAGCUGUGCCGCGUACGUCGACCAAUCAGCGCCGAGCGUGACGGCGGCCGCCGCUUGGACGUUCCCGCGAAACGCCGUGCGCUCGCAGACGCCAGUCGCUCUUCGCGGGAAAGUUCAUCGUCCGUCAGCGCGCACCGCGUCUUCGCGCUCCGCGAUUGAUACCUGCUGAGUGUCGCUCACGCGUCGCACAGCUGAGUGUGUACGCGAGUGUCUCGCCUGGUCUUUCCUACGUCGCGAGGGAAAGUGUGAGCGCGGAACGGUCCAGCGGAAAUGCAGGUGUGAGUGACGCGCAACUGCACGGUUCCGGCGGGCUUUCCUACUUUCUACGUGCCGCCAGCCAGUUCCCGGAGGCGGAGGCGGCUGCUCCUGGUCGCGGGGAACGCGUCCCCUGGUCCGAACGACGUUGUUCGCUGCUCCUGACGGGGUAAAUCCGCUGAGACGAGCCACUACGGCGCGCCGCUCAGUCGGAGGACAUCGACCUUGCGCUCACGUCCAGACACGUGGAAAAAGCGAGAUCUCCACAGGGCGAGAGGAACGCCCGGACACCGAGGAGCCGUAGUAGCGUCGUAUACCACGAGAAUCCCCAAAAUCUGCCCCCUUCUUUGAGGUUAUGUACCUUCUUAUAGAGGGCGUCGCGAUACGAACAGGGGUUGGUCACCGUUUCGCGCGCUAGUCUCCCGCGCUUCGAGAUCCACGUCCCUUAUUUUCGGCGGAAUAUUGUUAAUUCCCGGGCCGUUUGCACUGCGGAGCGGCUGGUAAAAGAGCCAGAUGAAUUUCCCGACGGUCAAUAUCGUUCUCCGCUGGAAAUUCUGAGUCGAAACACCGAAUCAAAGGCGGCCAAGUGGACGUGCGUUAAUGGCGAUCGGGUGCGCGUAGGCUUCGUGUGGUCCUUCGCUUUUCUGCAUUUUCCUGGGAAAAUCGUCGCAGCCGGAUCGAAGAAAACGCACGGACCUCUGUUCCAAGAGUCUCCGGCGUCGGGGACGUAUAGAAAAAAAUUAUUCCAGCGGCAAAUAUUUUUCGUACACGUUGGCAAUUUCGCGGCAAGAUGCCACAGUCCAGUUUACAGGAGAAGAAAUCCUCGCAAACAUAUCUACAAGGAGGGAAAACACUGUCCUUAAAACGUAAAAGGCGUGCAACAGAACUGUCAGAAGAUUCUGAAAACAUAUACCCCCCUAGCAAAGUACCGUCAUUGUCCCAUGUUCAUUAUACGGAAUCUUGUCACAAUACACAGUCGGUUGAUAGUGCAUGUACUCCUCAACACCAAACAUCACCACUGAAGGAACAACAGGAACCAGCCACAUGGUCAGAAUUAAGAACUGCAACUUGUUUCCUAACACCAUCAGCCUCCAACAGUUCAUCCAGUAGACCUAGUCCAUUACCAUCCAUUCCAUGGGCCGAUGGCUCUCAAGUGUGGUCUCACAUGUGUCUUGGGGAUCAAAAGACUCUAGUUCAAAGGGAUCCACAAAUGUUCCAAAGGCAUCCAACACUGCAGCCAAAGAUGAGAGCAAUCUUACUGGACUGGUUGAUUGAAGUUUGCGAAGUGUAUAAACUACAUAGGGAAACUUAUUAUCUGGCUAUGGACUAUAUAGACAGAUUUCUGUCUAUCCAUCUCAAUGUACCUAAAAAUCAGCUGCAAUUGAUAGGCAUAACUUGCCUUUUUAUUGCAUCCAAGGUUGAGGAAAUAUAUCCGCCCAAAAUCGCGGAAUUCGCGUACGUUACUGACGGAGCCUGUACAGAGGAGGAAAUCUUGGGACAGGAGUUGGUUAUCCUGAAAGGCCUCGGCUGGAACCUGUCUCCAAUAACUGCCCCAGGAUGGCUCAAUAUUUAUAUGCAAAUUGAAUCGGGCGAUUGGUCCAGGCCGAAUACCUUCAUAUAUCCGCAGUAUGGUGGAUUACAAUACUGCCAAGCGGCUCAACUGUUAGACCUGGCGACGUUGGACGAAAGUAGUUUGAAGUUUCCUUACAGUCAUAUAGCUGCGGCGGCAAUUUAUCACACUCAAGGAAGGGAGUGCGCGUUAAGGGUAUCCCGGCUGUCAUGGGAACAACUCGCACCUUGUGUCAAGUGGCUCGCAGCGUUCGCCACCACUCUCGCGGAAGAAGACGGCGAGUCCUUGUUGAGGUCUACGAUCACGUCUACGGAAUCGCAUUCGGGAUCCGGAUUGAGGGCUACUGUACCUAAUAUAGUUGUGGACGAGUCGCAUCGUAUACAAACUCACGUGGUCGAUCUGAAGAUGCUGGAGAAGGCGCAGCAACGGUUAAUCGUAGAAGCCCCCCCCUGCGUGAACGACUUGGAGACGAACAUUGAGUCUGGUAGACAAAGUCCGAACGAGAGCGGGCUUUUAACUCCACCAUCUAGUAGUCAGAAGAAUUCUCCGGUCCCGUCACCGUGCCCUACGCCACAAUUGCACCCUUAUACGUAAUUUAAAUAUUUGCAAACGCUUAAUAUUAUAUAACAAAUUGUUAUUUACUGCCGAUUCGUGAAUUAUAACUCGGUAAUCACAAUGAAGCUUAUGGGAGCUUAUGAACCAGGUGACUACUCUAUAAUAAGCAUUGCUAAAUGCAAAUAGCAGUGCAUGUCCUUGAUACGUUAAUAUAUAAACAUAUAUAUGUAUAAUUUUCCGUAACGUUAAUGUAUUAUAAAUUUACAUUUACGCAUCAUGGAGGUAGUAAAUCUAAGAUGAUCUUAAUCACAGAAGCUAACCAUGCAGUUGUAGCUUGUAUAGUUUAAGUUUAUUAUUUUGAGUUUACAGAUGUAAUGUUUCGACAUUCGAAGUGUUAUCUUGACCACCUGUAAUGAAAUAUGUGAUAUCGCAAUUCUGCGUUAUCUACUGUAUGCAUUUAAAAACUAUUUAACGUUCGGUCUUAUUACUACUAAGCUUAGUUUUCCUGCGUUUAGGAAACGUUAUAUAAUUUACGAUAACAUUAACGUUAUGGAGAAUUCAAUUACGCGUGAUUCAGGUUUACUUUAGAAGCAUUGUUAGAUGCAAAUAUCGAUGAAUGCCCUUAAUAUAUUAAUAU